AUGAGUCCUCCACCUACGCACGAUGACCGGGAUAGCGACAGUGACGAAUCGGCGCCUGAAGAGCCCCUCGAUCUUACCCGCGACGACGGAUGGGAAGACGUAGAGCCCGAAGAAGAGAGCGAACCCAUUGUUGGCCUUUUCACAGACAAGAUAUACCCUGACACACGUUCAAUGCUGGAAGAAAGCAAGGAGAAGUUUGGGUUCGACUUUGUUCGCGUGCAACAACAGUUGGGACUUGACUUCCUUGGGACUAUCAGGCUGGUCAAUUAUAUCCGCUCAGAGGUGAAGAACGGCAACACGAAGCCUGACGUCUCCAGCGCCGCCCUAUUCGAAGAUGAGAAAUAUCUCAAGCCUGUUCUGGAGGAUGAUGCGCUGCUAUACAGCUUAGACGAUAUUGCAGUCCUGACUGUUGGAGAACAACAAGAGGUAGCAGGCAGACUAGGAAAGAUAACUGAUUCAGCACGGAUAAAGGACCUUGAGAAUGAGCUUAGUAACCUCCGCGACGAAUUUGCAGAGUAUAAGCAGAUGGUGCAGAAGGCCCUGAACCAAUCCAUAGAGGACGAGGGUGAGAGCAGCAAUAACAAGGGAGAUUCUUCAAGCUCGCGGUCUUUCCAGGAGGCAGAAAAGGGAUACUUCACUUCAUAUGCCUAUAACGCAAUCCACGAGUCGAUGAUAAAGGACUCCAUUCGGACAGAUGCGUACCGUGAUUUUAUCUAUGAUAACAAACACUUGUUCAAGGACAAGGUUGUUCUAGAUGUUGGCUGUGGAACGGGUAUCUUGUCAAUGUUCUGCGCCAGAGCUGGCGCAAAGCAAGUGAUUGCCGUUGAUAACUCAGAUAUCAUCAGCAAGGCACGAGAAAUCGUAUAUGAAAAUGGAUUCGAUAAAGUCAUCACAUGCCUGCGUGGUAAGAUUGAAGAAGUCAUCCUUCCCGUGAAGCAUGUCGACAUCAUAGUCUCCGAAUGGAUGGGCUACUGUCUCCUCUUUGAGGCUAUGUUUGAUUCUGUUCUCUGGGCUCGCGACCGUUACCUCGUCCCUGGCGGUCUCAUGGUCCCUUCGCAUGCAACCAUUCGCAUUGCGCCAGUUGCCUCCGCAGACAUCGUCCAGGAGCACAUUACCUUCUGGAAAUCAAUUUAUGGCUUUAACAUGACAAGCAUGCUCGAAGGCGUACAUGAUGAAGCUAUUGUGCGUAGUCUCCAGCCCGAUAUCAUCGCUGCUAAAUCAGAGCUCUUCUUUUACAUGCCGCUUCAUACAAUCACGGCCAAGGAGCUUGUAUUCACCAAGGAAUUUUCUGUCACGCUCUCCCGGGAUAUUGACUCUCUAGACGGCUGGGCCGUAUGGUUCGAUAUAAUAUUCAUGCCUUCGGCUGAUAGCAAAUUGACUCCCGAAGAGGCCUUGCCAGAAAUAAUGAAGAAACGAGAUAUAGUAGCCUUCACAACUGGCCCCGAUGGGAAACAAACGCAUUGGCAUCAGGGUCUCUUCCUCAUUAACCAGAAGAAAAACCCUACUGCUGCAAUGAAGAAGGGACAGGUAAUUAGUGGCUCUAUCGAGUACCAGAAGAAGGAUGAGAAGUCACGCUUGUUAGAUAUCACCAUUGGGUGGAACUCGGAUGGCAAGUCUGGAAGCCAGAAGUGGUCUUUGACAUAG